CAGUUGGUGGAAACCACCGACCGCCGCCGCUCGUCCCCCGUCGUUAGGGAAACCACUGCGUCAACAUGCCUCAACAUGAGCAUAUGGAAAUGCACAAGAAGCGCCAUGGUGUGCGGUACGAUCACCAUGAGCGUGCGCGCAAGAAGGAAGCGCGCGAAGUCCAUCGCCGUUCCGCGUUUGCCCAAAAGGUCCACGGGUUGCGUGCCAAGUUGUACAACCAGAAGAGGUUCAAGGAAAAGGCGGCGAUGAAGAAGACGCUCGCGAUGCAUAAUGAACGUACCAACAAGCACGCGAACGACGACAACAUCCCCGACGGCGCAGUCCCGUCGUACUUGUUAGAUCGUGAAGGAGUCAGUCGUGCCAAAGUUCUCAGCAACACAGUCAAGCAAAAACGAAAGGAAAAGGCGGGCAAAUGGGACGUCCCCAUCCCGAAAGUCAAGCCGAUUGCAGAUGACGAAAUGUUUAAAGUGCUGCGAUCCGGGAAGCGCCGCAACAAGGCCUGGAAGCGCAUGAUCACCAAGGCAACGUUCGUCGGUGAAAACUUUACGCGCAAGCCGCCAAAGUACGAACGAUUCAUUCGACCAGCCGCCAUGCGCUUCAAGAAGGCACAUGUGACCCACCCCGAGCUCAAGACGACGUUCCAGCUCGACAUUUUGGGCGUCAAGAAGAACCCGUCGUCGCCGCUCUACACGCAGCUGGGGGUGAUGACCAAGGGGACGAUCAUCGAAGUCAACGUGAGCGAGCUCGGGCUUGUCACAACCACAGGCAAAGUCGUGUGGGGUAAAUUUGCACAGGUCACGAACAACCCUGAAAACGACGGGUGCAUCAACGCCGUCCUCCUCGUCUAAACCUUGCUAAACCCAUUCUAUAUAUAUUCCCUUUGGAUGUGUGUCAGCCCACCACC